UUAAAAACAAAUUAGAUUUUUGCGACAUGUAUCACGUGAAUUUGGUCACACAAUUUUUGGCGUCACAGUUUUAUAAAGUGUGUAUUUUAUCGGGAGUGUUGUUCAAGUUGAAACAAGUAUCGCGCGAUUUAACUGUCUCGUGAGUGAAUAUAUUGUGUGGGUGCACAAGAAUGAACAAGAGAGAAAGAAUAAGAGAAGAAGGUAGCUCGGGAAAACAUCGGGCAUCGGCGAGUGUAGAAUGAUAAAUGGUGGCCACCAACAGCAUGGUAUAUGAGGAGAUAGUUGGUAUACGGGGCAGCUGACCCCAGCCGCCGCGCACGCUUUUCACGCGCGAGAUGCCCCACAAUCUAAACUCAGUUUCCGCCAAUUCCGCCAACACAGGACCGAACCAUCAAGCCUAUCCUCAGCAACCGCAUCAUCGAGAAAAUGCAGAUGGACUCCAGCCCGAGAAAGAACCGGUGGAAUUCGACAUUUCGCAUUUGCGAGGUGCUCCAGCGGAAGUCGAGACAUUGGUAUACAACAUCAAGGAAGUGGCCCAACAAUUCCUCUAUCAUUGGCGAACCUUCCCCAUCGUUCUGCCACCGCCAUUGUCCUCAUGCACGGAGGGUGACGACACGUUGGCGCGAAAAAAGUAUCAUUUGAGGGAUCUUUUCGUGGCACCCAGCUUCGACGAGUUGGACGCCGUUGCUGUGGACAGCAAGGGCGAGCCCAGAAGACUGACCAACAAACAAUUGGAGAGCAUUAGGGAGCGAGGCUUACACAAGGAUAAAUAUGGAAAGCCGAAGAAGCUGAAUGCCACUCAAUUGGAGAGCAUUCGAAGAUGCGGAGAAUUCGAAGUGGACUCGAUCAACUUUGCCGGACAGACACACCGAUGGCGAUUGAGCGGUCUUUUGCAGCGAGGCCGAGACAGACGGCGGGACGCGUUACUCACGGAUCUCGCUCUGGCGACUAGGUUUCUCGUUGUAACGGCGAGAGCUAGAUUAAUUUCCCAUUGCUUUAGUGUCUCGCAAUCCCUUAAGGCUCUAAUAACGGGGCUAUUACGACUUCUCGACAUUAUAAUUGGCGUGCCGUCGCUCCAGGCGCAUAAUUUAGAUGUUAAAAUUAGAGAAGAACGUUGUCGAUACUUGGUAGCGGAAUUGGUCUGUCGGCCGGAAUACGAGGAUUCUCUAGAACUACUCUGUGGAUUUAUAAGGAAACAACUUCGUCGAGCAACUACUGAAAAGUUUGAAGUCGAAAGAGAAUCGUCCCAGCUAUUGCCUGUUUCGAUCCCUUUUGUAUUUGGGACACCCGGUGGGGCCGCAGUCGAUCUCCGGCUAUUCAGCAGAGACAUAAUUAGGAAAGCUCUUCCGACGCUCGUUGCAAUUUUGGAGAGAGAGACAAGAGGCUGGUUUCUUCACUUUAGAGAAAGACUGAUAUCCGAACUGAGAGCACAAAAGAAACCGGACGAGGAAAUUGAACGAGAAGUCAAUGAAGCGGUGAUGCGCGAGUAUCUGCAAAGAGUAUAUUCGAAUAUCUUAUCGCAUCCAGACAUAUUGGCGUUAGGCGACGGUAUUGCUCAGCUGCUGGUUCAACAGGCGCAAUCAGUCGUACUGAUGCAUCGAGCAGUGGAAAAUAUGCAACGGAAACUAUCGCAAACCAAAGAAUCUCUACGACGCCGUAUCGAAAACGAGCAUCCCGUCUUGUCGCGAAUACAGCCGUGGAUGCGCGAUCGUAUGAGAGAGGCCGAAGAGAAUUUCAUCGAGGAGUGCGAGUGGAGCGCGCACGAGGAAGCUCUGGCGCUCUGCAGUCAUCAGAAUCUCACGCAAACGAUUUACUUUCUUAAUCGUGAUUUGACCUUUAUGAGAGAGAGAGAGCCAGUUCUCCUAAAAGAACUGCGAAAGGUUAAAACCCCGACGAGGACUUUCCAAUGGCCGACGCAAAUCUGGUUACCAAAGAAUUGGAUAAUAAGACGCAACUUUCAAGGUCAAUCAGAAAUCAUUCCGACCGUAUUGAGCAACACCCCGACUUCUAUUACAACACCUCGCGCUGAUCCCAGCCAGCCCGUCUUUUUAGUCGAAAGAGAGAUUGUGCAUACAACUACGACAAGGUGGCCAAUGUGGCGCUGGAUAAAUUACAUUGCCAGGACAUGGUGUUGGACUUGGAAUGCAAUGUUUUUAUUGGGCGUAGCCGUGCCGUGGUGUAGUCCAGUGUCUUUUCGCGCAUUGUUGCUGGUACAAUCGUUUACUCCCGACUUGGAGUUGAGUCAACUAAACGGAACAUUGUUCCCGAGAAAGUCAUCGCAGAUGCCUACUCUUUGUUCUCGAUUAAUAGCGCUUUGGAGGCACAUCAGUAAAAGUCGGACACACUUUGAAACUGAACCAGACACAGGGUUUAUCGGCAAAGGUAUGACUCGACAUCUAAAUAGAUUAUGGAAUUAUGGUGUAAAAGGUCUAUUGGGCACGCUUAUCAUACUGUUUGUAUUUCCCGUGGUGUGUAUUAUGGCAAGUGUUGGUUCGCUAGUGAUUGCUCUCACUGCAGUCUUAUGGAUGCCUUUGGUCACAUUGACGCUGCAUGCAUUUAUGGCACUUAUCAUGGACUUGGAUAGUCCCGAACCGAGCCGCAAUCGAUAUUUCGUAAUAGUGGAAGCAUUACUCUGGAAUAUUGGUAUUCAAGGAUGUCUACAACCAAUAGCGGCAUUAUUAGUAGCCUUUGUUCUAUGCCCAGUAAUUUCAUUCGUGAUACUUACAAUUGCUGUGAUACGUUACUGGAUCAGAGUCCUCUGGGAUACAGCCAUGUUCCAUCUAGUGAUAAAAAACAGAGGUCGAAUACCAGCGAGCGAUAGUUUUGUCGUAAAGAGAAUAGCUGGACCUGGGUUAGCUUCGGAUUAUUUUUAUCAAAUAAGAGCAGAACAAGCGUUGGCCGCAUUCGAAGCGAAAUUAGAACUGGACGAAUUACUGGCUUUCCAGCAAGAAACGGAGAGAUUAAUUACUCAACCGCAGAGAGACUUUACUCAGUUUGUCGAAGCCUGUUUUGGCCCGUUUGCUGCUAGUUUGGCAAAGAUAAAGGAUCCAUAUAGAUCGCUCGAGAAAGAAGCCAAAGAUUUGAUCGCCGUAUUACAUGAGAAAUUGGAUCGCCGAAGAAAGAAUUUGCAAACAGGUCUCGGCGUCGCGGUGAGGAGUAAAAUAAAAUUAACUACUUUUGACUUGAAGGUGGUUAUACAACAAGGCGCACUGAUGCUAGAACGGCUAUAUCCCACUCAUGUUUUGGCGAGAUUGUCAGGGAAUGAGGAAGAUUUUUGGGAAAACAAAGGUUUAGGAGUAUGCGACUGGGCAGGUCUGGCAGGGCUCAUGUACGCCGAUAUCUUUAGUCUGGAUUUUCUACAACCACUCGACGAUUCGGAUACUAAAUUCAGAUUAGAACCACAUCCAGGAGUUGAUUUGUCGCGAUACACAGACAUGGUCCAUAGCACUGAGCUCGGUGGCAUCAAUGGGCCUGAUUUGCUUGGCGCUGUUUACGCACCGCGCGGGAAUAUUCAGGUGCACAGCCCAUACCUUGAAGUAUCUGCUUUUAAUCCGCGAGCUAAACAAACCAGCAAUAGCAGAAAGACUGACAAGCGAUGUGAUACUAGCGGAUUGUUGACAUCGACAAAGAUCCGAAGACGCACAAUGACAAAUGACAACAGUUCCGAAGGACGGUGGCAACCGUGGAAACGCCAGAUUCGUCCGUACAGUGCAGAGAAGCUAGUGAUUCCUCUACCGAUACCGCAUCCGGCUCACAUAGCGGUAACUAUACAUAAUCGCGACUCGGAAGAUCCGAUUGCUCUCGAUUCGGAAUUAUGUCAAAAUAUUUUGCGGGCUAUUGAGGAAUCUCCCGGUGAGAUGGCAACGGAAUGCGUAAAUAGAUAUAGAGGCGGCGGCGACGGCGGUGGGGGUGAUUCCAGUUUCGAUUCCGUCGCGUCGCAAUCGUCUGUUUCGAUCGAGACUGGUUUGGAGAAGGAAAAUGAGACAACGCAAGAGACUGCUGUGGCAAACGAAAAAAAUGGCGAGACUUAUCAUUGGACUCUGUCGAAUUGGGGCGGAGGCAUGACGCGAAAACGAAACAACUCUGGAUCCAUAAAGGUUGAUUUAGCGUCUCCGGAAGAUGUUACUCUCGAUACAGAUACCACCAGAGUGAUGUUCAGCACGUACGGAACAACCGUCUGAAUUACAUUCGCCAUUAUAUACGUCGAAUCAAUGGUUCUCUCGUCGUCGUCGUGUUUAUAAAUGAUAUAUAAGAAAAAGAAAAAGGAGAGUCGCAACUAUAGAUUUGAACCCAAUCUUAGAGAACAGCCAUCCAAGAUGAUAUCCGAUAAUAUUAAAAUCGCAUUAUUAUUCACUUUCGAUUAAAAGCAAUACCAAUUCUUAAUCAGUAUGCAAACUAAGCAUUUAUUGAACAAUUUUAAUCAAUUUUAAUCAAAAGUGUAAACUUGGGAUGUUUAAAACAAGAUAUCUUCCAAGAGAGAACAUAUUUAUGGAUCAAUUAUCAUAUAAGUAUAUCCAGUCGAAUAAUAUCUAAUGAAUUACAAUUGUUUACAUUGCGAUAAAAUGUAAUCAUUCGUGAAUCUUUGUUAUAUCCAAAUUUUAUUUAAAAGUCUAUUACACGCUAAUAUUAUGUAUGAAAUUAGUUCACUCGAUACUAAGGUUUAUAUAAAAAAUUUUAAUUAUUAUUUUUUGUUUGUUAGAAUAGAUCCAAAUAGUAAUAGACAUAUAAUAGUAGGCAAAUAUGAGUCUUUAAACACUAGUACAAGUAUUACAAAAAUACAAUAUACCUUUUUUAAUUCUUUUCUGUUUCAGUAGUAAGACUAAUAUCGUCUUUAGAUACGUUUCAUUCAAUGUCGAGUACUUUGACAAAUUAAUUGAGGAGAACCCAAGUAAUAACUCUUCUUCAUUUAAGUUGGCACGGAUUGGACAAAGCAAGGUCCAAUCUUAAUGCUAUCAGCUGAUAAAUGUGUAGGGUGACGAAUGAUAAUAGUAAUAAAAAUAAUAAUAUUCUUUUGUCCGAGUUGUGAGGAGGAUUAAACGCAAAAAUUGAAUCUGGAUAAAUGACAAACGUGUGCACAAGAGCGUUUCGACACGUUCAUUUCCAAUCGCGAGCGAUGAGAAAUUAAGAUAAUUAAACAACAAAAAAACCACGUUACAGUUAAAACUAAAUCCAAAAUGGAAAAUUAUUAAAAAGAGUAUUGUCCAAAUACUUUCUAGGGUGUAUACCAGUACACCAAGACUCAUGUUUGCUUAUUGUAUUAUUAUUGCUUGGAUUUAUGUAUUUGAAUUAUUGGAUAUAUCGGUUGAAAAUAUAAAGUAAUCAAU